GACCGGUUAGACAGGAGAUGCUGUAAUUCCGCCAGUUCCGUGCUUGCCUCCGGAGUUUAAGGAAGUAAGAGUUCUUCAACAUUGUCUGAACAAAUUACAAAGUUCAACAGCUUUAGAUUUAUAGAUUUAAACAGUUCAAUGUAACCUUUCAACGUUAUUCGCUAAACGUGGUGAUACCGCUGCGUUUCAGAGCAUUUACACUUAGGUCUACGGCCCACUGUCACGAUGAGAAGAAACAUUGCAACAGAUCUCAUCCUCUCCAUUCUAUUCAGUGUAGUGACAAAUACUGUUUGUAUCACGCCGCCAGGAAAACCCAAGAUCACAAGCUGUCGCUCCCCAGAGAAGGAAACCUUCACCUGCUGGUGGGAACCUGGCUAUGAUGGUGGCCUGCCUACCACUUAUGCCCUGUACUAUCGCUUGGAGACCUCUGAGACCGUCUAUGAAUGUCCGGACUAUCAUACAGCAGGGCCAAAUUCUUGCUACUUCAAUAAGAAUGACACCAGCAUAUGGGUAAACUACAACAUCACUGUGGUGGCUACCAACAGAAGGGGUACCAACUACUCGGAUCCUGUGGAUGUGGACGUAGUCUAUAUUGUUCAGCCCCAUACUCCGGAGAAUGUGACUGUACUGGUGAAGGCUGACGAGCAGGGUCCUUACCUGCGGGUCUCUUGGGAGAAGCCGCGCAACGCAGACACCAGUUCUGGCUGGAUCACCCUCGUUUAUCAGCUGCGUGUCAAACUGAAGAACCAGGACGAGUGGGAGGAGCAUGAUGUUGGGCAACAGAAGACAUUCAAUGUGUUCAGCCCUCACUCUGGAGGGACCUACAUGGUGCAGGUUCGCUGCAAACCUGAUCAUGGUUUGUGGAGUGAAUGGAGCACAACAUCCUAUAUCCAAGUACCUGAUUAUAUUACCAGGGAACGAUCCAUGUGGAUUAUAAUAGCCAUUUUCACUGUGUUAGUCUUCAUCAUCCUCACUUGGAUCCUGAAUUUAAAGAGAAGCAGUGUGAAGCACUGUCUUCUGCCUCCUGUUCCCGGGCCAAAAAUCAUAGGAAUUGAUAGAAACCUCCUCAAGAAUGGGAAAUCGGAGGACGUGUUCAAUGCUCUGGUCAUUCCGGGCUUUCCUCCUUCAGACUACGAGGAUCUGCUAGUGGAAUACCUUGAGGUUUAUGACAGUGAAAACCAGGAGCUAAUGCUGGAUGGGAAGGAUCUCCAGGAGGGAUGCCUAAAGUUGAAAAGCCCCUCAGACAAUGACUCCGGCAGGGGAAGCUGCGACAGUCACACUCUGCUAAUGGAGAAAGUGGCCAAAGAGGAGCCGACUCUGGAGUCCUCACAGCAGGAGGUGGAGGCAGAGACACCGUCCACAGCCUCCCCUCAGCCUGAAUAUGCUCAACCCAGUGCCUGGCCUACGGUGCUGGCUCCUGAUCAGCCCUACCAGCUCGACUCACCCUGGAAGAGUCUCCCUGAUGUGUUCAUUUCACCCCCUGUAUCUCCGCAACUGAAGUGCACUACAGGCCCCAAGCACAAGAAAGGCCUUUAUGAGCCAAGCAUUAAUGGCUUAGAGGGAAAAGGGGAUAGCAUGGUCUCUUCUCCCAGGACCAUGGAGUAUGUGGAAGUCCAGAGGGUCAACCAGCAAAAUGUGCUGCUCCUCAGGCCUCUAGCUGAGCAGAACCUGGGUUCUCACACCACCUCUGUCGAGAUGCCUGAGGAGGACUACAGCAAGGUCAAAGGUGUGACCAGUAACAAUGUCCUGCUGCUCCAGCAAGAGGUGUCCACCCAGUACAUCAGUGACCAGGAAGAAACAUGCCCCAUGAUGCAGCAAACCCAGUUGGGGAAACCAGUUGUCCAUCAUCCCCCUGCUGUGGUUCCUGGUGGCAUGCAGUUGACUUCCAAUGGCUAUGUGGACACUGCCACUUACUGACAAGCCUCACUUCAGACUUCAUAGAAAGAUAUACUAAAAGAAAAACAGAUAGACUACACAGAACUUUCAGGGGUAUGGAAGAAACACUGCACUUUUUUGGAAGAAAAUAUCAUCGAAAAAAAAAGGGUAAGAGUGACAGUCAAUCCAAUGAUGUCAUACAGACGCACUGAUUUACCACCAGAUGAUAUAAACAUUUAUGUUGGCUGGCAGACUUGGCUGUGUUGUUUUGUUUGUUUUGUUUUUGUUUUUUGGGCUUUUGGCCCAAAAAUGUUGGAUACCCUUUGUUCAAUGCAGCACUGGAAAUGUGGUCUCUUUGAAUGUUGUGCUCCAUGAACUGCACAUUCAAGGAUACAAGGAUACAAGGAAGUUUAUUGUCACAUGCAUAUAGUUACUGGAAGUAAGAAAUGCAGUGAAAUUA